AUGCCUAUCUGGCCGGAGUGGGAUGAUGUUGCAAAGUCAAUGCGGCAAUCGUUUAAACAAUCAUUUCCGGACACCUUCAUCAUCCUAGAUGCUACAGAGCUACGCUGCGAGAUUCCUAGCUCACUCUCAUUACAGUCACAGCUCUAUUCGUCGUACAAGUCCCAUAUUACGGUUAAGGGUCUUGUUGGAAUCGCACCAAAUGGUACUUUCACGUUUAUUAGCCAACUCUUCACUGGCUGUAUCAGCGACAAGCAGCUUGUGGUCGAGAGCGGUAUCAUUCCACUGCUCGACUCUGUGCCACCAGGCAAGCGUGUGAUGGCAGAUCGUGGCUUUGCAAUCCAGGACUUGCUUGUUAAGCCUGGGCUCAUCUUAAACAUUCCUCCGUUCAAGGGCUCAAGAGCGUUCAUGCCCAAGGAAGAUGUUGUCAAGACACAAAAAAUUGCCAGUGUUCGUAUUCAUGUCGAGCGCGCCAUCGGCAGAGUCAAGUCAAGAUUUCACAUCUUCGACAAAGAUAUACCGUUGGUGCAGUUUGCUUCCAUCAGCCAGGUCUGGACAAUCUGCUGUUUGUUGAGCAACCUCUCUGGCCCACUGAUUGUGGAGUAA